GAUGCGCUGACACAAAAGGACCCCGACGUGACGAUUCUGGUUCCGGUUCGCAUCCUCCAGAUGGAAAUCCCACGCUCGAUCUUUCGUCUCCUCGGACGCGCCACUUCUCUUGCCCCAGUGCGCCGCCUCUCCCAUCCCUCGCGACGUCUCCUCCCCUACAGGGGCUCCCCUCCGCCUCGCGGGUGCCCAGCAGCGCUGGUGCGACGAGGCGCUCGAGUCAUGGCGGCGGCACCCUAUCCGCCUGUUCGUCGUCUACCACGGAUUUCCCCAGGUAAGCGCCUUCUCGCCACCGGAGGCAUGAAUAAUGAAGGUACUAGGAGUCCAAUCAAGGAGUUCAGUGCUUGUUAUGGCGAUGGUUGUUUUGCGAAUGGUGAACAAGAUGGACGGCAAAUUGAGGAUGCCAUUCAUGGUGAUCGUGAUGCUAGCAGGACAAUUAUGGAUGCCACUGAUGGCGAACAAGAUCUAUGUGAGGCACUAGCUGAUGGUGAGGAGGAUUUGACGGAGGCAACAGAGGAUGUAAGUGAUGGUGAGGAGGAUUUGACGGAGGCAACAGAGGAUGUAAGUGCUGGUGAGGUUAGUGAUGAUCAAGAAAGGUGCACACAAGACAUCUCUACUUGUUACCCGUGCGACUGUGUUGCCAAUCUGAGGCUACUUGCGUCCAGCAGCCACCGCGAUGGUUCCAUAUACACAGGCUGUCGUUAUUGGCAAAAGCAUUUUCGUAUCGCUGACCGUAGCGAAGUUUCAUUCGAAAAACCCAACAAUGGAUUUGAGAACCCUGAAGCAUUGUAUAGACCAUGUUACAUGUGGCAAGUUUUCUCAUUAAAGUUGGUUAAACUUCCCGUGGAUGAUGGCCCUGUGGAAUUAUAUGGAUACAUUGCGGCUCGUGAUCAUGUGGAUUCAUUACUUAACUAUAUUGUCAAUAUUAGCAGGGAUGAUCCCAUCACCGUGGACCAGGGUUCCUUCAUUCCAAUGACUGGCCCUAAGAGAGGGAUUGAUUUGUCUGAAACCGUUCUAAUUGAAUAUGACAUGAGGAUUAAGACCGGAGAUAGAGAAGAAGAUGAUCAACAACUGAUUGAUGGUGCAUCACUCAAGGACCCACUGCUCUCCUACUUUGAGCCAUUCACAUGUCGCAUACAUGGAAAUAAUAGUGCGGUUGACAUGACUGAUGUGUAUGUUCGCUGCGCGGUGGAUGCGACAGUGGAAGUUAUCGUGUCCGAAGUGAAGAGUAGUUUCGACUUGUGUGUCAGCUGUUAUACCGGUGGGUUAUAUGAGGAGAUUCGGCUCUUUGAUGGUGUGAUUGGUGAGUCACAUGUCUUGAGGAGGCAUGUGAUUGCUGUUACAGAAUACGGGUGUUUGGAUUUGAAGUUGAAGGUAGGGUCAGGGUCUUGUUUUUCUGAAGAACAUUGCUGUUCCUUCAAAGUGAUGGACGAUGGAUAUGCCAGUCGGCAAAUAAAGACCGAGUGCGCCUCAAUCUUUGUGAAGGUGAUUUGGCCGGCUGCUACUCUCAAUGUGUAGGUUUUUUUGCGUGUGUGCGCGCUUGUGUGGGGUGGGGGGUUAACAGAGACUGCUGUGAUGAAUCAGUCUGAUCUUGUUUUUUCAACUGAUCUGUCCUUUGUUUGUCUCAACGUACCGGAGAUUAGAUGGUUACCUACAUUUCUUUUUGUCAGAGUUGCUUUUCUAUUCAGAUGUUACACUCAUUUCGAAUA